AUGUUGGACUUUCAACAGAGUGAGGAUAAACUUAAUUGUUAUAUUUAUGUGACCUCUAUCGUGAUUAUUAAGCUUACAUUUGUUAUGUUUUUGCUCAAACAUAUUACAUUAUCAGCUGUUAUUUUUUCAUUUGUUCCAUUAGUUUUGUCGCUUUUGUGCGUAUAUUAUAUUCGCAUAUUGUUGAGCAGGAAUGUUUGUUUGGGGUAAGUACUAAAACAUGGAACCAGCUGAAACCAGCUGAAACCACCUACAACCACCUACAACCAUCUACAACCAUCUACAACCACCUCAAAAAUUCAGCAACCACCUACAACCAUCUCAAAAACAUCAACAGCCACUCGCAAACUAUCUAA